CGGCCCAUCACUCUCCCUCCGCUUCCUCCCCUCUAGUCUCUCCCCAUUUCGCUCCGCCUUCUCCUCUUCCUUUCUCUAAUUCCCCUCCCCAAAACAAUUUGCGGAAACGUCGUGCGUUACCUGAACACAAUCGCACGGCGGCGAGAUGCAGAGAUUUGUCGCGAGGAGUGGAUUACUGGAAGGAGGAAGAAGAAGAGCCCAAUCUCUUCUCCGGUCGCAACAACAACAAAAACAGACCCGCUAUUUCGCUCAGGCUGCUCGUGAGAAAGAAAUUGCAAAUGACGUCCUCCCGAAGAUGCCGCCGUUCAAUUACACGCCGGCGCCGUACACCGGUCCUUCCGUCGACGAGAUCUUGGCCAAACGCAGGCAGUUUCUCAGCCCUUCCAUGUUCUAUCUGUACAAGAAGCCAGUGAACAUCGUCGAAGGGAGGAUGCAGUAUUUGUUCGACGAAGGAGGCCGCCGGUAUUUGGACGGAUUCGGAGGGAUCGCGACGGUGAACUGCGGCCACUGUCAUCCUGAUGUGGUGGAUGCGAUCGUUAGCCAAGUGAAGCGCAUCCAGCAUCCAACGAUCCUGUAUCUUAAUCAUGCCGUCGCUGAUUUUGCAGAGGCUUUGGCCUCCAAGAUGCCUGGCAAUCUUAAGGUGGCGUUCUUCACCAACUCCGGAACGGAAGCGAACGAGCUGGCAAUGAUGAUGGCGAGGCUGUACACCGGAUGUCAAGAUAUGAUCUCUGUGAGGAACUCGUACCAUGGUAAUGCUGCUGGAACGAUGGGCGCCACCGGCCAGCGCAGCUGGAAGUUCAGUGUCGUUCAGAGUGGAAUUCACCAUGUGCUGAACCCAGAUCCAUACAGAGGUCCAUUUGGGUCUGAUGGAGAGAAGUAUGCAAAAGAUGUUCAGGAUAUCGUUGAUUUUGCAACCACUGGUCACGUUGCUGGAUUCAUUUCUGAAGCUAUACAGGGAGUGGGUGGAAUCGUUGAAGCAGCACCUGGCUACUUGCCUGCUGUUUACAAAAACGUUAGGAAAGCUGGAGGGCUUUGCAUUGCUGAUGAAGUUCAGUCUGGUUUUGCACGCACUGGGAACAUGUGGGGAUUUGAGGCCCAUGGUGUUGUUCCUGACAUUGUCACAAUGGCAAAGGGCAUCGGAAAUGGCAUGCCCCUCGGUGCUGUGGUGACCACACCCGAGAUUGCAGAAGUGCUGACUCGCCGCAGUUACUUCAAUACGUUUGGUGGGAACCCAGUUAGCACCGCUGCAGGGUUGGCCGUUUUGAAAGUGAUUGACAAAGAUAACCUCAGGGAAAAUGCUUCUACAGUUGGAGCAUACAUGAAAGAUAGACUGACUGCACUCAAGGAAAAAUAUGAAAUUAUUGGUGAUGUGAGGGGAAGAGGCCUGAUGAUCGGAGUAGAACUGGUCAGUGAUCGCCAAAAGAAAACUCCUGCAAAUGCUGAAACCCUGCACGUAUUGGACCAGAUGAAAGAAAUGGGAGUCUUGAUCGGGAAAGGUGGUUUCUAUGGAAAUGUCUUCAGAAUCACUCCACCCCUCUGCUUCACCAAAGAAGAUGCAGAUUUCCUGGUUGAUGUUAUGGAUUACAACAUGUCCAAGCUGUGAGCAAGACUGGAAAAUGGAAACUCGGCCGAUGGAUCAAGAUGGUUUACAAGAUGGACAGUGAGUCACAUUCACUGAUGUGAAGUCAUAAUCCUGUGUUCCCGCACUGUAGUAUCCCAUGGUGUUUUAAAAUAUUAUAAUGCACAUAAGCUUCUGCUAGACUAAGGUUGUGUUAUGCUCAAAAUAUAACGGAAGAGUCAACACCUCGUUGGCCCUUCGUUUAUGGUCUGUUGGUAUAUUUUUUCUGCCGGAUGAGUCAACACUUCGUUGUCUCUUUCGUUUAAAUCUCUGCUUGUCUCUUGGUAUGCUGUGCCAGAAAUCCUACCUUGACAUAGAUCUUCUCUAUGGCGACCAAAUGAUUGUUGCUUCUAGUGGUUGAUUGCUAAAUGUGCUUGAAUUCCUGUAUGCCUUGCUUUCAGACCGCUUCUAUUAGUUCCUUUUGUCAAGAAAAAAGGAUGACAACAGGGGAUAUUAUUUACUUUUGACAUGAUGUAGUAGAUGCUCGUCCUGACAGGUAUUGUGGCUGGUCGACAGAAAGUUCGAAAGAUGCUUAACCGAUGAUUAGAAUAUGCCUCGAACUUAAGAAUGAAUCCUUGCUAGAGAGCUAGCCAUUGCUUUUCUUUUCUCAGUCUAUUUGGCUGCAGGGAACUGCUCAAAUGGUCUUAUCUGGGGUAUGACACUCUCUGUAGCAUCAGGCUCAAAGGCUUUUUGACCAGCAGUUUUUGCUUCAUUUUGCGCUGCUCCCUAUCGGCAUCCCAUUUGUAGGCACUCUGGCACUGUAAGUAGUUUGCUUAUUGGGUUGAUUCACGUUUUGCUGUCCCUCCAGGAUAGAGAUGAUCAGAAUAGCGAAGAAGAAAGCUAAUCUGCACAACUUGUGAAGAUCCAAACCCAAUCUGGCAGCAGAUACAUUUUCUCAAUUGACAGAAUGUACGUACUGAAAAGAUUUUGGUACUUUUGAUUCAAAUUUGACGAAACCGGACAUCCAAAAUUCUAUCGAAUCGUCCUUGAAGAGGACAGAAUCCUUAUAUAGCUAAUACCAUCACAAAAUGAAGUAUACUGAAAUGCAGGCAAGACAGUAUGAUAUGGUGAGCCCAGCAAAACAACUUUGUUAACAUUUGCAACUGCAGGUGGUGAACAGAGACUGCAGUGCUUUCCCGCAUAUUUAUCUUCAAUUCUCUUUGAUUCCACUUCUCUCCAUGCUUCAAAACUAAAUCAAACAUUCAUUCUUUAAUUCAUGAUGCGCAAAAUAGAGAUGAGACGGGCCGGAGAGAGACUUACAUGGCUAGCAAUCAAUGUCGAACAGGUGCCACCGCGGCCGAAAUGGGAGAGUAGCUGGCCAAGACAGGACCAGCAGCAGCAGCAGCAGGAUGAGCAAUUCGCGAGGUUGAGUAUCUCAUUGUAGAGACCAACAAUGAGGCGACCUGCAUUAACGUGUAUACUAUACCUUCAAACAUGCACAUGCUUUUCCUCAGCAUAACUCUCAACAUAACGGCGGCUACGUCCUCCAGUGCAGCCAUUUUCGUACCUUCUCGUUCUGCUGCUGCUUUCUCAAAGAACCAAACUGGCUUUACUCGUUUUUCCUUCCCUUAUUCGAGUAUUGUUCGAGUAUAUAUGUCGUAAUUGCUAACCCGCUAAUUAGAUUAGAUCAACAAUGAACUAACCAAGCAUCAAUAAUUCAAUGGCUGAAACUGAGUUUACUUUACUACCCCUCGGAUCUUUUUCCACAUGCUCGUGAGCUGUCUAGGAUCCGUUCCUUUGGAUUAUUACAACUUUACAAGUAAGAAGCACAGCUUCGCAUGGAAUUAUAAAGAGAAGAAGCUGGUUUUAUCGGAAUUUCAUUCAGCUAGAAACUAAAAAGGCUCUAAUCUGACAGAGUGGACAACAUGGCUAGUUGAUCUUGGUCGUGGGGAAGCAUCGGUCAAAUACGAAAGGAUGCAUAGAUGCUACAUUUUUUUGUUUCAAGGAAAACCAGAACAACAGAAAUGAAUGAUCAGCACGUUG